CGUCGAAGAGAGUGGCUGUUUAUUAUAAUACGGCGUAUAAAGUUUUUCCGAUCGGGAAAGCCGCGGGCCAAUUGCAAGCUUUCGCCCUGGAUCUAGACAAGAUUUGCAGCAAGAGACGGAAAUGUAUAUCUCGUAACAGUGCCGAGCGUGAAACUAAAGGAGCCCUGGAGCCUCGAGAUCUGACUCUCAACCACAGGGCGUCUGCGGAGGACGCCCAAUAUCAGCCCUCCAACAAGAUGAGGUUAUUGUCGCCUAGUAGUUCUCCGGCAAUUUCACCGACCAUGUCCAACUCGUCGUCGCCGACACCACAGACAUUGGCUUCUUCAGUAAACUACGCUUCAAAUUCAAUUCUGGUAGUAUCAGGAAAUGCAGCAGUUCUUUCAGGUCAGCAGCAACAUGCAAAACCACCUCCGAGCGGAAUACCCUGCGUUGCAGCAGCUUCUAGAUAUACUGCUCCUGUUCAUAUUGAUGUUGGUGGAACUAUUUACACAUCAUCGUUGGAGACAUUAACUAAGUAUCCUGAAUCAAGACUGGCAAAACUUUUCAAUGGCAGCAUCCCCAUAGUGCUAGACUCGUUGAAGCAGCACUAUUUCAUAGACCGAGACGGUGGAAUGUUCCGACACAUCUUAAACUUCCUGAGAAACUCGAGACUUCUGGUUUCUGAGAGCUUCUCUGACAUUGAUUUGCUGCUGGAGGAAGCUAAAUAUUUUGAUAUUGUUCCCAUGGUGCGUCAACUAGAACGCCUCAUCCGAGACCGCAACCCAUCUCAAUCGACCACCAGGUCUUCAAUUACCAACUCGCAAUCCUUACCAAUCAAAAGAUCGCCCUCCACCGAAGAACUCCUAGCACCAGCCCCUGCUCCCACGUACGAAUGUGUUGCGCUGCACAUCAGCCCUGAUCUUGGCGAACGAGUCAUGUUCAGCGGAAACAGGGCAGUUCUAGAAGAUGUUUUCCCGGAAACGAACCAGGCCACCGUCGACGCUAGAUGGACCCACUCGGAUUCGAAACACGUGAUUAGGUUUCCUUUGAACGGUUAUUGCAACAUUGAUUCGGUCGAAGCCAUAACCAGGUUGUUGAAUAAUGGUUAUUGUGUGGCAGCCAGCAAUGGAGGAGGAGUUGAAGGUCAGCAGUUUUCGGAAUAUUUGUUUACGAGGAAGAGGCAGACAUGAACAAGGUGUGAUAUUCAACUUGAAAGUAAUAUUUAAAGUUAUAGGUGAUAUCUAUAACUACUCUAAAUCUAUUAUCCAGUUAACCGUUUGUGUUGUCCGAAUUGAACUCAUAACGAGUAUAUUCGUCAAUCAGAGAGUAAGUUGGGGAAGAAAGAAAUCGGGUGAAAAAUAUAAGUUUGUUUAAAGGGGGAGCCUGCUUUAGAAGCUUAAAAUAUAUCGUUUUUUUAUUCCAAAAAUGUCUUCCAAAACUAGCCAAGAAUAUGUCCCUAAAAUUUCAGAAAGAAAUUCAAAUUAUUUUUGGAAUUACAUAAGAAAUAGUGAGCAAGCGUCAAGCAUGUUUACAAGUGGAACGAAAACUUAGACGUGCGAUUUCUCGUUUUUGAAUUUUUUCGAUUCUUCCUAAUUGGCGAUGCUUAUACAUGACAUAUUAUGUCAUAUAUUCCAAUGAAAAAAAUUGAGAAGAAUGUUAAAAUAUAUAACAACAAAACCUGAAAGUUUUGCUUCAACUGAAUAUUUAUUUCCUUCCCUAAAAAUUCCUCAAAAAAAGCGAUUUUUGAAGCGUCUAAAGCAGGCUCCUCCCUUAACAAAAUUGAAAAAUUUUAUUACUAAAUUUCACUUAUUUGUUAACAUAACAAUACAUUGUAUAUGUAUUUAACUAAGUUCGAUGAAGUAUUAACAUGUAAAUGUAAGAAAGUAAAAAUAGUUUAAUGUAAAGCAAACACUGUUCUGAAAAUCAACAGUAGAAAAUGUUAUUUAACACUAAACCUACCGACGCCAGUCAAAAUGACCGUUUCAAACUUUGAGUAUAACAUAAACAUUUUUAAACAUGAAAAUAUCAUCAUCUAUAAUUAUAUAAUAAUAACACCUUAAUUAUAUAACAAUUUUUAGUAUGUACUAAAAAUAUUUUCUUCACAUUUUGAUUUAUGUGUGAUACUACCGCAGUCGGUCAAUUUGACCGGUGGAAAAUAAAUUGUGUGGGAAGUUGUUUUCGUCGAAAUGUAGGUGCAGAUUUUUUACAAAAUAUACCAAAUGAACCAGACAAAUUUAGAAUUAAGUUCUGGAUGGCGUAUGAG